AUGCGGUGCGAUGCGAUGACUCCGCUGUAGUCGCAACCGAGUUUGCGUUUCGCGCGAGUGUUUGGAGAGAUUGCUUGUUUGCGCUUGCGUCUGAAGUAAUUGCUUGCUUGCAAUGGACAUCGAAAGACUAAUUAACAGUGUGCGUGAACGCCCUGUGUUGUGGGACCAGAAAAAUAAAUAUUACUACAAUAGGGAUUUUGUUCGUCAAGAAUGGAAUGAAAUAGCUGAAGAUUGUGGAACAGACAGCGAGGAACUGAAGAAUAAAUGGAAGAGCCUACGUGACAAUUUCCGCUCAGAACUCAAAAAAACUCGUGCUGAACGUUCAGGAGACGAAGGUGGCAUGCCGCCUUUCCAAUCCAGUUGGCCGUGGUUCGAGCUAAUCACCUUCCUGACUGACAUAAUGACGCCCCGGAAGACCAAGACUAAUGUUCAUCACAGUAAAAAAAACAGCAUCGCAACACGAGGACGCACACGACGACGUACCAUUUUCACCAGCUCUUAUAGAGAGAGAGAGUGUGUUUCACCUGAUGGAACCAACCAAGCCAGCUCUUCAAGACUAAGUUCAGAGGGUAGCGUUUCGAUGCCUCCUCCCUCACCCACCCUACACACAAACCAAAACAAGAGAUCCAAGAAAUCGACAAACUGAGUUGCUAAAUAUAGAGAAGCAAAAGUUGAAGCUAAUUGAGCAACAAAUGUCGAAAUCAGAAACGCAAGAUGACAGCUAUCAUUUUGUAGUGACUUUGCGAAAACUAUCACCAACAGCUCAGUUGAGAGCCAGGAUAAAAAUUCAGCAGGUUCUUUUGGAAGAAUUGGAACAAUCAACGACUUCCACUGCACAUUCGUUGACGUCACCCUAUGCACCUGAAAAUCCAGUUGAAAUCUUAAUUGCUGGAAAUCCGCAGAAUGAAAUAGUCAUUUCUGAAAUUCAACCUGAUGACAUUGUUAUUUCAAGCCACCAAGAUUCUGAAAACUUUGAUACUUAAGUGAGUGAACUGUGAU